AUGAACCUGACCAUCGAACCCACUGCUGCCCCUCCGGAGCUGAACACGACCCCGAAGCCCUUCAGUGUGUUUGACGGGUGUGACUACAUGAUAGAGGGCGUCCUGUUCGACCUGGCAGUGCAAACCUUUAAUAUUGUGGUUGGAUUUCCAGCCAACAUCCUGGUCAUCGCCGUCCUGAUCCGUAAUCGUCACGAGCCCUCCACCUCCGAUAUUUUCCUGGGUUGCCUGGCCUUCAUGGAUGCCUACUUUGGUCUCAUGGUCCCUAUAAGCUUCCUCAACCUCUUCUACUGGAAGAGCAUGAAAGGUUGGUACGCACUGAAGUUCUCCUACGGCGUGAAGGACACGAGUGGGCCACUUUUUCUUUCCUGCAUCUGUCUGGAUCGCUUCGUCGCUGUGGUCUUCCCAAUCGCGUUCAGUCAGCUGAAGCACAUUAAGUACAGGAUUUGCCUGACGCUGUUUGUGCUCGGACUCACCUUCGCUUACGCCUCAGCUAAAACAAUCGGCGGCCUCCCUGACUUCGAGAAGGUCUUUACAGGAGAGGUUCUGGCCACAUUCACCUGGAUGAUGAUCUGUAACAUGUCCAUCCUUUGGGCCCUGAAGCGCUCACGAGGUGCAGGCAAAGAUGAGAUGCACCCUAUGAAGAAGAAAGCCUUCAAGAUCGUGCUCUCCAUCCUGUGCAUCAUUAUUUUUAACUACCUACCUCUGGUGGCCCUGUUCCCUUUUCAGGAUCACUACUCACCCAUGGCCUUCACCUGCUACGUCCAGCCUGUGGGAUUCGCCUUCCUGAACAUCAGCAGCAGCAUCCAGCCUCUCAUCUACCUGUCUCGUCUGGAGAAGAUCCCCUUUCUGCCUGAGAGUUUGGCGAAGAAGCUCUGCUGUGCAAAAAAGACCGAAGCAGACCAAUCACCAGCUUAG